UACCGUGGUCUCGUCCAUCUGCCCAGCUGGGGCCAGUGGGAGGAGACGUCAUGACCCCCACCGUCAUGGCCCUGCUCUGCAUCGGAUUGAGUGUGGGCCCUAGGACUAACGGGCAGGCAGGGACCCUCCCCAAACCCACCCUCUGGGCUGAGCCAGACUCUCUGAUCACCUGGGGGAGCCCUGGUACCAUCUGGUGUCAGGGGACCCUGGGUGCCGAGAAAUACCGUCUCGAUAAAGAUGGAAGACAAGAGCCCUGGGACACACAGAAACCACUGGAGCCUGGGGACAAGGCCAAGUUCAACAUCCCAUCCAUGACAGAGCAUCACGCAGGGCGAUAUCGCUGUUACUAUUACAGCCCUGAUGGAUGGUCAGAGCCCAGUGACCCCCUGGAGCUGGUGGUGACAGUACCCUACGGCAAACCCACCCUCUCAGCCCUGCCAAGCCCUGUCAUGACCCCAGGAGGGAACGUGACCCUCCAGUGUGGCUCACAGGAGGGAUUUGGCAGGUUCAUUCUGAUCGAGGAAGGGAACAAGCUCUCCUGGACCCGGGACUCACAGAGAACCUCCUACAGGCAGUACCAGGGCCUGUUCCCCGUGGGCCCCAUGACCCCCAGCCACAGGUGGACGUUCAGGUGCUACGGCUAUUACAAGAACUCCCCACAGGUGUGGUCAGAACCCAGUGACCCCCUGGAACUACUGGUCUCAGGUAAAGAGAUUUCAUCCUUUCCCACUCAUUUUUUUUUAUUUCAGCAUAUUAUGGGGGUACAGAUGUUUAGGUUACCCCCACAGCCCAAGGAUUACACAGUGGAGAAUCUCAUCCGCAUGGGCAUGGCUGGCUUGAUCCUAGUGGCCCUCGGGAUUCUGCUGUUUCAGGAUUGGCACAGCCAGAGAAGACACCAGGAAGCAGCUGGGAGGUAAACUCCAGAGAGAACAACGCACCAUUCAGAGUGGUCGAUCCUUGGAAGUCAAUCUGAUGAUCCCAGGAGGUUCUGGAAGAGAAUCUAGGGCAUGUGCUGUCUGGACUGUCUGCUGGUCAUUUCCAGAGGGGGGAAUCACUGUCCGAGGACAGGGACACCGUGCAGGGUGGCGAACCUGCAGCCUUAAGGAAACCUGUGGCCUUCCUGAUCCUUAAGUGCAGCCUUUUGACUGAAUUCAAAUUUUACAGAACAAAUGCUUUCAUUAAAAGGGGUACAACA